AUGGCGGCGGUGCUGAGUAAUGUCUGGUGCUCAGAUAUCAGGAUGUCUAAAGCAGCAGAGGAGGAGAAGCCCGGGGCUGAAUAUCCAGGGGACAGUUCAGACUCUGACAGAAACAGCCCUGACGACCAGGUCCAGCCAAUGAAAACCAGCCCCUUCAGCCUCUCUCCCACAGCCGCUGGCAGCAAGGUAAAAAGUAAGGAGAGUUCAGAGAUGGCUCACAGCACCGCUCCUCCUCCUCCUGCUGCUCCUCCUGCUCCUCCCUCCUCCCAGCAACAACAGCAGCAGCAGCAACAACAGCAACAACAACAACAGCAACAGCAGCAGCAACAACAACAACAACAACAGCAGCAGCAGCACCACCACACACAGAUGAUGCUGGCUGGCAGUCAGCUUGCAGGGCUUGCCGCCCUCCUCCCGGCCCAGCAGCAGCUCCUCCUCCAGCAGGCCCAGGCCCAGCUCCUGGCGGCCGCCGUCCAGCAGUCGAACGCCGCACACGCCGUCCACGCCGCCCACGCCGCCGCACAGCAACAGGCCAACCAGCAGCACCAUCAGCAGCAGCAGCAGAACCAAUCACAGCAGCAGUUAACCAAACAGGAGCAGACCGUCCCACAGCUGACUCUGUCUCAGCCAAUCCAGCUCACAGCGCAGGACAUCCAGCAGCUGUUGCAGCUCCAGCAGCUGGUUUUGAUGCCGGGUCAUCAUCUCCAGUCUCCCGCCCAGUUCCUCCUGCCCCAGUCCGCCCAGGCCCAGCAGCCACAGCAGGGUUUGCUCUCUUCACAAAAUCUGAUCCAGCUACCUCAGCAAAGCCCCGGAGGCCUCCUGACCUCCCCUCCUCGCCUGGGCCUCCAAGCACAGAGAGAGAAGAGCAUCGAUGUGGUCGGAGGAGGCGGCGGCGGCUCACUGGUUUCCUCCGGCAGCAGUGGCGUCCUGACAUCUGUAGGAGGAACCUCGGCCUCCGGCAGCACCAUCGCCUCCUCGCUCAGCUCCGGCCUGACCCCCGGAGGUCACGGGGGUCACAUGGGGGAGGAGCCCAGCGACCUGGAGGAGCUGGAGCAGUUCGCUCGCACGUUCAAGCAGCGACGCAUCAAGCUGGGAUUCACACAGGGAGACGUGGGCGUCGCCAUGGGCAAACUGUACGGCAAUGACUUCAGCCAGACGACCAUCUCCCGCUUCGAGGCUCUGAACCUCAGCUUCAAGAACAUGUGCAAGCUGAAGCCGCUGCUGGAGAAGUGGCUGAGUGACGCAGAGACCAUGGCGGUGGACAGCAUGCUGCCCAGCCCCUCCUCUCUCUCCUCCCCCAUGCUGGGGAUCGAGGGGCUGCCCGGCCGACGCAGGAAGAAACGCACCAGCAUCGAGACCAACGUGAGGGUGAUGCUGGAGCGCAACUUCCACAUGAACCAGAAGCCUACCUCGGAGGAGAUCCUGCUGAUGGCGGAGCAGCUCAACAUGGAGAAGGAGGUGAUUCGCGUUUGGUUCUGCAACCGCCGGCAGAAGGAGAAACGCAUCAACCCCUCCAGCAGCACCACCCCCCCACUGCCCAGCCAGACCUCUCCCAUCAUGACGCACAAAGCCUCCUGCUACAGCCCGCACAUGAUCACGAGUCCGGGUCUGUCCCAGGUCACCACCAGCCUCAGCACAACAGCUGCCAGCCUGUCACCUUCAGCGUCCUGCCCCAUGACGCCCGUCAGCUCGGCUGCCGUCGGCUCCACCUCUUCUUCUGUGACUCCACCCCCUCAUAGCACAGCCAGCCCCGCCCCUCCCGGCCUCGGCGCCCACGGGCUUCACACCGGGAACACAAUGAUGGGAGUAAGCACAGCGAUGAACCAGGCCCUCAUGGGCAGCAAUCCCCUGGCCACAAUGCAAGCCCUGGCAGCGAGCAGUGGUCAGCUGUCCAUGUCCAGCCUCGACGGGGGGGCAGGUCACUUGCUUCUGGGCGGACACGGGGCCACAGUCCGCUCGUCCCUCUUCCUCAACCGCCCCACCCUCCUCCCGAUGGUGACCGGCUCCAUGGGGACGUCCUCCACGCCGGCCAUGGGACUGGUCAGCAGCAGCGGCAUGGGCGUCCCGAGGACCUCCUUCUCCCUGUCCCCGCCCACCGGCGCCAGCGACCUCAUGAGCCCCACCUCCUGUCACGAGGAGUCCGCCUCCCCGUGUUCCAGCCCCGCCUCUUUCUGUUCCUUCAGCGAGGCCUCGCCGCCGCCCAUGGGAGGGGCCAUGGCCGAGUGA